ACUAACAAAACGGAAUUUCGCAAAUUUGCACAUUUUGACUAAGAUUUAACGCAACCAUGGGCAAGGAUAACAAGCGGAAGCUGCUGGCCCAGCGACACGUCUCCUCGCGCAUGAAUUUCCUGUUCCAGGCCUCACAUUUAAUGGCUGCAAGCCAUCAAAACAAACUGGCCGCCUAUUAUGGCAAACUCUGCCGCAAUGUGGGCACCAAGGCGGUAACGCACAUGGCUCCCGCUAUGAAACGCUCACUGUGCCGUCGUUGCUCCCUGCCUCUGAUGCCGGGCGUAAAUACGGAGCUCCAAGUGGCAGAAGAUGCCUCGCCGACAGCUGCUCUCCAGACAGGAGAAGAGAGUGCCAGAAGAGAGGUGGGAAAAACCAAGAAGAAGCGACACCGAAAGAAAAAGAGCAAGAAGGAAGAGCCUGCAAAUUCCUCGGAAACCCAGCCAGAAGUCAACAUCAAUGCUCUCUAUUUGGAGUGCUCGCUCUGUCAAGGCCGGCGAAGCUUUCCCAUGGAUAGUCAAAGAGAAUGCUGGCUGGAGCAGCCUCAAGCACUGGUGCAAGUACUCUCUUUGCCGCUGGAGAACGACGGUCAGCAGCCGCAGAGAUAAGCUGGCGAGAGCUUCGCUUAUCUCCAAACAGCUCUCAGUUUUGAUCAAU